AUGUCUUCUCAACAAUCUAAGAACGACUUGUCUAAACAAGUGUCCGGAGGCAAUCCCUUUGAGGAUGCCACCUCUAAAAAAAGAUUUCAAAGAAUAAGGUCACCAACCGAUAGUAUCCUGUCUCCUUGCUCGGCGAAACUACAAGAAAAGAAAAAGAAAACCCUUGAUAAAGUUGGAAAGCCUUUGUUCCUUCUUAGUGCAUUUGCCAAGGCUGCACGUGAAGAGACAAAUUCUAAACCCAUUGACGAAUCAAAUCCUUAA